CGGGAAAUUUGUAUUAGUUUUGCUAUCAUUUGUAAAUGUUUGAUUGAUUGAUCGAUUGGUUAAAUUAAUUGAAUAAGUCCAAGAUGUAUGUAGUGAAAAGAGAUGGGCGUAGAGAAACUGUUUUGUUUGAUAAAAUUAGUUCUAGAAUCCAAAAACUUUGCUGGGGAUUAGAUAGAAACUUUAUUGAUCCACCAGCAAUUACAAUGAAAGUUAUAAGUGGAUUAUAUCCUGGUAUAACAACAGUUGAACUAGACAAUUUAGCAGCAGAAACUGCAAUUAGUAUGGCAAGUAUUCAUAUUGAUUAUUCAACUCUUGCUACUCGUAUUGCUGUUUCAAAUCUUCAAAAGGAAACGAAACAGUUAUUUAGUGAUGUUAUCACUGAUUUAUUUAAUGCAGUUGAUUCCCAUUCCAAAUGCAAAACACCAUUAAUAUCAGAAGAAGUUUAUCAAAUAGUAAUGAAAUAUGCAGAAAAAUUGAAUUUAACUAUCCAAUAUGAAAGAGAUUAUAACUAUAGUUAUUUUGGAUUUAAGGCAUUAGAAAAGUCUUUUUUGCUCAGAAUAAAUGGGAAAGUUGUAGAAAGUCCACAACAGAUGUUUAUGAGAGUAGCUAUAGGAAUUCAUAAAGAUGAUAUUUCUUCUGUUCUUGAACUUUAUAAUCUAAUGUCUGAAAAAUGGUUCAUUUGUUCAUGUUCAACUCUUUUCUAUGCUGGUGUACCAAAAAUGCAAUUAUCUAGCUGUUUUGCAUUAACGUCAAUAGAAGAUAGCAUAGAAGGGAUAUAUGAAACUUUGAAGCGCUAUGCCAUAAUUUCCAAGAAUACAGCUGGAAUAGGACUUAGUGUGCAUAAUAUUCGAGCAAAGGGAACACACAUUGCUGGAACUGGUGGUUCUUCAAAUGGAUUAUUACCAAUGCUGAAGCUUUUCAAUGAUACAACUUGUUUUAUUGAUGAAUGUGGAAAUAAGCAUUCAACAGGAUGCACCAUUUAUUUGGAAACAUGGCAUGCUGACAUUUUUGAAUUUUUAAGUAUGAAGAAGAGUAAUAAAGAUACUUAUCACAUGAAUUUUGCACUAUGGAUACCAAACCUUUUUAUGGAAAGAGUAGAAAAAAAUGAUAUCUGGUCUCUUAUGUGUCCGCAUGAAUCACCUGGCUUAUCUGAUGUCUGGGGAGAAAAAUUUGAACAACUUUAUAAACAGUAUGAAGAAAAAUUAAAUUACAAAUUUCAAAUAAAGGCACAAACUCUAUGGCUGAAAAUUAUUCAAUGUCAGAUUGAUACUGGUUUUCCAUACAUGCUCUAUAAAGAUACUUGCAAUUUGAAAUCUAAUCAUCAGUAUUUAGGAACAAUUAAAUGUAGCAGUUUAGAUGCUGAUAUGAUGACCUACAGUUCUUCAAAUGAGGUAGCAGUAUGUAGCUUGGCCUCUAUUGCUCUAGAUAGAUUUGUUAAAGAAGGAUAUUAUGAUUUUCAAAAACUGAAAGAAAUAACUAAGAUAAUCACUGUUACAUUAAAUAAAAUAAUAGAUGUCUCUCAAUAUCCCCUGCAUGAGACAGAAGUAUUUUCUCGAAGAUAUCGUCCAAUAGGAAUUAGUGUACAAGGAUUAGCUGAUGCAUUUAUUCUAAUGAGAUAUCCUUUUGAUAGUGAAGAAGCACAGAAGUUGAAUGUACAAAUUUUUGAAACUAUUUAUUAUGGUGCAUUAGAAGCAAGUUGUGAAUUAGCACACCAAUUUGGAUCUUAUGAAACUUACAAUGAAUCUCCAGUAUCUAAAGGAAUUUUACAGUUUGAUAUGUGGAAUGUGAUGCCAUCAAAUCUGUGGGACUGGUCUCUCUUAAAAGGAAAGAUUUCAAGGUAUGGAUUAAGAAAUAGUCUUCUUAUUACCCUUGCUCCAACUCAUCAUGCUGAUGAAAUUCUAGGAAAUAUUGAAUCUGUUUGUUGUAUUACAAAUAAUAUCAGUACUAAACAUGCUCAAAUUGGAAGUUUUCAGGUGAUUAAUAAUCUUUUAUUGAAAGAUUUAACAGAUAAAGGAUUAUGGAAUGAAGAUGUUAAAAAUCAACUAAUUGAAAAUAAUGGCUCAAUACAAAAUAUUGAUUGCAUUCCAGAUGAUUUGAAACUUUUAUAUAGAACUGUUUGGGAAAUACCCCAAAAAGUAAUUAUCAAAAUGGCUGCAGAUAGAGGUGCUUUUAUUGAUCAAAGCCAGUCGAUCAGUAUAUAUUUUAAAGAUCCUAAUUAUGGAAAGAUGACCAGUAUGCAUUUUUAUAGUUGGAGAGCUGGACUGAAAACUGGCAUGAGUAAACUCCAUACACCACAGUCAUCAUUGUUUAACACAAAAUCUCCAGCAAGAUCAAAAAUAUAUGAUAAACAAAUAAAAGAUGAAAGUAUUUAUCUGUAAUUUAAAAUUGAGAAUUCUAUGAUACAUAACUGUAUACAGUGUGUAGACACAAACCUAGGUUCUCUCUCAUAUGCUACAUUUAAAUUACUGUAUUAUGUAGCAGAUGUGAGAUGUAGUCAAAUACAUUAUUUGUGUUACACCCUGCACAUUUGUAAAUAUUUUUAUUCAGAUUUUAUAAAAUGUAAAUGCAAAUAUAACUAAUAAUGACUUUUA